AUGGAGACUUGGGCUGGCUUCUGCCCAGGAUUGCACUUAUCUGUAGGUAUCUGGGUGAUGAUAGCCGCUCUUACCCUGCAAAAUGCCAAGGCGGAGAUAACGUGCGCAUCUUGCCCGUCGCCAGUUCAACUUCACCUGGAGACAUUACAGAUGGGAAUGCGCACUGACCCGACAGAGGAGCCGAGCGACUUAGAGUUGAAGGAACUCGGGGCUUCCGGACAAAAUGCUGGAGUGGACGACGACCAUGAGACAGACAUUUCUGUCGAGGAGGUCCCCAUGUUCCCUCAACAUGUCAGUUUGGAUGGAGUAAGAACAAAGGGAGAAACCCCAGGGCAGAGUGGAGAAAGUCAUGGCGGCAGGGUUAAUGCCAGGGAGCCCGAGUUGGGUGAGGAUGCUGCGCUCCGGAGAGCGAGGAGAAGCGGUCCUGAGUUUGCCGAGUUCAGCGAGAGCAGGUGGAGCGGCCGGACCGGCGUGGACGCGGGCGCACCGGACGAUCGAGGAUCGCUGUUUGACGGACAGAAGCAGGGCAGGUCCGACUUCGGCAGGAACAGGAACGAUGGGAGAGGGAAUACCCGGCAGGAUGAGCCCAAGAUCGCCAGCAGCACUUUCGCUCUGACGGGGGACUCUGCGCACAACCACGCGGUGGUUUACUGGUCAGGACAGAACAGCAGCGUGAUCCUGAUUCUAACGAAGCUCUAUGACUUUCAUAUUGGCAGCGUCACUGAGAGCACUCUUUGGAGAUCCACUGACUAUGGCUCUACAUAUGAACGAAUGAACGACAAAGUCGGAUCCAAGAUUGUCCUGAGUUACCUCUACGUCUGUCCAACUAACAAGAGAAAGAUUAUGGUGUUGACAGAUCCGGAGUUUGAGAGCAGCGUACUCAUCAGCUCUGAUGAGGGAGCCAGCUACCAGAAGUACCGUCUCACGUUCUACGUUCUCAGCCUUCUAUUCCACCCCACUGAAGAGGACUGGGCCUUGGCUUACAGUCACGACCAGAAGUUAUACAGCUCGAUGGACUUUGGAAGAAAAUGGCAGCUCAUCCACGAACGUGUGACGCCAAACAGAUUCUACUGGUCUGUCUUGGGCCUAGACAAGGAGCCAGAUCUGGUCCACAUGGAGGCUCACACACCAGAUGGAAAUGUGCAGUAUGUCACAUGCAGAGCUCAGAUGUGCACGGAGGCCAACAGGAACUACCCGUUCCUUGAAUACAUCGACAUCAGCUCUUUGGUGGUCCAGGACGACUACAUAUUCAUACAGGUUCCUACAUCGGGUCGAGCCAACUAUUAUGUGUCCUACAAGAGAGACUCGUUUAUACAAAUUAAACUGCCAAAAUAUUCCCUGCCUAAGGAUUUACACAUUGUCAGCACUGAUGAGAAGCAGGUAUUUGCGGCGGUGCAGGAGUGGAACCAGAACGACACCUACAACCUCUACCUGUCGGACACCAGAGGGAUCUACUUCACCUUGGCCAUGGAAAAUGUUAAAACCACAAAGGGUAUCGGAGGGAACCAGAUGCUAGACCUGUAUGAGGUGGCAGGAGUUAAAGGCAUGCUAAUUGCUAACAAGAGGCACGACAACCAGGUGAAGACCUACAUCACCUACAACAAGGGCAGGGACUGGAGGCUGCUGCAGGCCCCUGCUGCUGACCUGGAUGGAAACGACAUCCACUGUAUUCUGCCUUUCUGUUCACUUCAUCUGCAGCUGCAAACGUCAGAAAACCCUUACUUGUCAGGAACCAUCUCCACUAAGAACUCGGCACCAGGGAUCAUAGUUGCCGCAGGGAACAUCGGAGCCGAGCUGUCUUACAACAACGUUGGCAUGUUCGUAUCGUCUGAUGCUGGCAAUAGCUGGAGACAGAUUUUUGAGGAGGAGCACAACGUGUGGUUCAUGGAUAGGGGAGGGGCCCUUGUCGCUGUGAAACAGCCGUCCGUGCCAACCAGACACUUGUGGGUCAGCUUUGACGAGGGGCGGCAGUGGACCCAACAUAGCUUCUCCUCGGUGCCGCUGUUUGUGGAUGGAGUCUUGGUGGAGGCUGGGGCCGAGAACCAAAUCAUGACUUUUUUUGGACACUUCAGUCACCGUUCUGAAUGGCAGCUCAUCAAGAUAGACUACAAGUCCAUCUUCAGCAAGAAAUGCACGGAGGAGGACUAUCAGACUUGGCACCUUCACAACCAGGGUGAGCCAUGUGUGAUGGGACAAAAACAGAUUUACAUGAAGCGCAGGCCUGGAAACUACUGCAUGCUGGGAAAAGACUACUCCAGAAUCCUCUCAGCUGAGUCCUGUAUUUGCCGAGCUCAUGAUUUUGAAUGUGACUAUGGAUACGAACGCCGCGGGGAUGGGAACUGCCGGCCUGCAUUCUGGUUCAAUCCCUCUACUGUGUCCAGAAGCUGCAGCCAGGGCCAAAACUACUUCAACAGCACAGGGUAUCGUAAGGUGGUGUUGAACAACUGCACUAAAGGAGUGAAGGAAAUGUACACAGCAAGAAAGCAGCAGUGUCCAAACAGACCUCCUAAAGGAUUGUUGGUGACCACCAAAGAUGGAAAACUCACGGCCAACCUGGGCACAAACAUCACCUUCCUGGUGCAUCUGGAUGAGGGGGAUUCUUUACGGACCAACAUCCAGCUGGAUUUCGGUGACGGCACAGCCGUGUCGUAUUCCAACCUCAGCUGGACUGAGGAGGGAAUCAAGCACGUCUACAAGUCUGCUGGAAUAUUCCGUGUCAUAGCACUGGCAGAGAACACGCUGGGUUUUGACACCACAACGCUCUUCCUGCAUAUCACAUGUCCAGUGGAACAUGUUCAACUUCUUGCUCCCUUUGUGGUCAUACGAAACAAGGAGGUGAACAUCACAGCAGUGGUGUUGCCCAGUCACCCACGUACCGUCACCUACUUCUGGUGGCUGGGCAACAAUACAGAGCCAGUGAUAACGUUGGACGGGAGUAUAUCACACACCUUCACGAAUGAGGGAAUGCACACCAUCACAGUCCAAGUGGCUGCAGCCAACACCAUACUGCAGGAUACCAAGACCAUAGCAGUCAAAGAAUUCUUCAAAUCUCUACUUUUAUCUUUCUCACCUAAUCUGGACGAGUUCAACCCCGACAUACAUGAGUGGAGACAGGAUGUGGGGAGAGUAAUUAAGAAGGCUCUGCUUCAAGUGUCCGACUUCCCGGAGGAGCAGCUCUUGGUAGCCGUGUUCCCGGGAGUUCCAACAGCUGCCGAGCUCUUCCUGUUACCUCACAAGAACCAAUCAGAGGGCAAGAAAAAGAGUGAGGACGAGCUGGAGCAGGCGUCUGAUGUUAUUGUAAGUGCACUGAACCAAAACUUGGUGGAGUUCGAGCUCAAGCCUGGAGUGAGGGUGAUUGUGUACAACACACAGUUAACGCUGGCACCCUUGGUGGACUCCAGCCCCAGACACAGCAGCUCUGCUAUGCUCAUGCUCCUCUCGGUCGUGUUCCUGGGCCUAGCAGUGUUCCUCAUCUACAAAUUCAAGAGAAAAAUACCUUGGAUCAACAUAUAUGCUGAGGUUAACCAGGAGAAGGAGCAGGAGAUGAUUGGUUCAGUGGGCCAGGGCGACAGCACGCCAAAAAUCACCCUGAGUGAGUUCCCCACUUCCAAAGAACUCAUGGAAAAGGAACUGGAUGCCAGGGUCAAAAGGGGAGUUGGAAAUGCCUGCGAGAGCACAAGGGAGAUUCCAAACUGUACGAGCGUGUAAGGCAGGAGAACACGUCGGUCCAUGUACAAAGCAAAGUAUUACCGUGUCGGGGUUCUCUUUUUCUGUUUUGUAAUUCAACACAGCCGAUGUUAAUAGUUUUCUAAGGGACCUCAUUUAUACAGACUUGCAUGGAUGUCUCGUUCAACAACAUCCAUGCAGCAAAUGUCAAUUCCCUCAAUGAGAUUAUUGUAAUUACUUGCAAAACGUAUUCAGUUUUGUGGAUGUAUAAACUACAUAA